AUGGAAUGGACGCAAGGAGAAGAGAAAGCUUCCAAGGGGGCACCUGACCGCGAGAUCACCAAAGUAGAAACUGGGAAGUACAAGGAAAACCCCGAAGACGUCGCAGACCAUGAAGACGAUAGAGAGGAAGAGGAAGAAGCACCACCCCGCCCACGACGUCGUCGACGCAGAGGUCGCGGCACUACCACUGCCGGGCAGUGGACGUGGGUUCAGGACAGCACGGCUGUCCCGACCUGCGUCGUUCUCUGCGUGACCGUGAUCAUAGCUUCCAUCGUGGUCAUAAUGGUGACGCAAACCAACUCAACUCGCCAGACAAAACAAAAGACAAUGCCCUCGACGGAGGCCCAGGCAGCCCAGUUUCAAACCGAGGUCACGUCGUCUGUGAAACCCCAGGCCAGGAUGGAAUGGGAGCCCGCUCCGCCAUAUGACGAAACAGGCCUCGGAAUAACGGACUAUCAGGAGCCGCAGUUGGAUAACCCAACCCGAAGCGUCUUCCAGUGUAGCACGGAAGCUUGUCGCUGGCAACGCAGCCUCGUCGACGACAAGCUCAACCUGACGGUAGACCCCUGCAAGGACUUCUAUGCUUACGUAUGCUCCGCAGCUUGGGACUCCAACGGGGCCCUCCCCUACAAGGCUGCCGGGCAGACUUACAUCAUAGGGGAGGUUUUGAAGUUCAUCGGGGAACACGGGCACAGUGUCCCGGCGGCUUGGACAAACCGGUCCAGUCUGAACUUCCUCGACCAUUCCAGCAUAUUUCUGCUCAGAUGCCUCGACAAUAGCUCGAGUGUUCAAGGCCUCAUGCAGUGGGACGGAAUCCGAGGUCUCCUCCGCGAGGUCGGGCUGGACGGAUGGCCGUACGUCGACCGACCAACACCGCCGUUUCACCUGGACGACGUCUUGAAGUUGGUGGACCGUCGGCUCGCUAUUUUUGCCUUUAUGCGGGUGUUCCUUCGAAAGACCAUAGAGGACGGCGUCUACGUUCCUCACCUAGACUCCCCGAAUAACUUCCUGCUCGUACGAUAUGAGCUCUUGAAAAAUCCCCAAAGUUUACCCUACAAGGAGGUUAUCAGGAAGGUUCUCACGCUGUGGAAAUCGCUGCGAAAAGGCAAUGCCCUCGCGCACGACGUGAUUCGCCUGGAAGAAGAAUUCUUUAACGCCUCCCAGCCCUUCAGAAAGCCAGUCUGGCGUAGGAACAUGGUUGUCCCAAUCCAGAAGCUGCCCAGGCUGCCUCGACUACACCUGGACGCUUACCUAUUACACCUGAGACGAGACUCUAAGGAAGUGGUCAUCCUCAACCCACCCUACAUCGCCAAACUCUCUACACUACUUCAAAAAUCUGAUCCACGGACCUUACUAAACCUGCUGGGUGUAUGGGUGGUGGUUUUGACAUCUCCAUUUUUACCACAGCCUUACCUUCCUCGUGAGUUGCUCAACAUGAGUCAUCCAAACCAUAAAUCUCAUCUGGACCCUAUGGCGCAGAGUUGUUUCCACCUGAUAGGGAGACUGUUCCCGCACGGCGUCAGGUGGAUGCUUCGGAGAAUCCUGACAAGGACAGCCAAUCCUGAUCGCCAGUGGGAAACCAUGACAACAGCUGUGGUCUCUGCGUUAGCCAACUCUUUAAAGGAAGGAACUUCUUGGAUGGAGAAGUUCGAGGCAGCCGCCGUUGCUACUCGGCUAAGGUCACUGCGAGUAAGUUACCUUGCAGGCAGAGAGCCACUAGAACAGGUAUCCUCUUACUAUCCCGUAACAGACGUUACCUUCCAGACCUCCACUUCUCUGAAGUACUACACCGAUCUUUUAGAACGCACUCUACAGAAAUACUGGGAAUCUGAAGAAGGCUCCGACUUGGACGCUCGCUAUAGCGAAUCUUUUCUAACUUCCGACCAGGACAGCGACUGGGAACGCUCUCCAGAAUCCCCGAGCAAUAUAUACCUCGCGUCGAGCAGUUUGGCCUCCGCUUCUCUCGUGACCCGGUCUGCAGUGCCUUCUGCGCUCAUCCCACUCAUAGCUGGUGAUCUCGCAAGGGCGCUUUUUCUGUCUUCUCUGGAGGAGGCCAAUUGGACGGCAGUGACUCAGGACCGAUUUCGGGAACUCGAAGUCUGUCUUCUGGAGCGCUACAAGAAGGGACGUCAUCAUAACACAAGGGACUUCCUUAUGGUCGCACUGUCGGACAACGCAGUGCUCAAGCCGCUCGCCAUAGCGUUCAAAGACGUCGGUUAUGGCGCGCAAUUUGUUCCCGGUAAUCGGGGAGCGAAUCUGACGCUAUGGAGGCUGUUCUUCGCCAACUUCGCGGCUGGGUUCUGCGUGCCUGGCGAGAGAGCGCACCAUGAAGAAGACAGGCUGAAGUGGAGGAUUAGUUUGCCUGCCAGGUCACGCGUUAAUACGGCCCUGUUAAAUUCGCCGGAGUUUCGGCACGCCUUCAAGUGUCCGGAACGAGUCAUGGCGUCGCAGUGUUCCGUGUGGGGUAGCAGAGGUGCUGCGAAGGUCGCCGAGAUCGGCGCCAUCAAAUUACGAUCGCUGUGA